AUGCGAGACGCAGACCUCAUUGCUUGCGUGUAUCCCCGUACAGACGUUCAUCAGAGAACAUCAAAGGCAACCGAGGCGAGCUCACGCUAUGUUGCCCCCCGACUUCUGUCUCCAGCGGUUCAAUACAGCCGCCGCGAACGAGAAUCGACAGAGCCACCAGAGCCACCAGGGCAGUCGAACGCCCCAACGUAUCAUUACAUGGCACGCCUGGAGCCGAGGUUUAGCGACAUUCCGCGAACUUCCCGGGGAAUCGUCUUCGGUUGCGGACCAGAUUGCGAUGUGACUCUGCCUGAUCUGCAGGGCAUUAGCUACCAUCACUUCACCAUUACGUUCGACGACGCCAAACGCCUCAUCAUCAGGGACUGGGGCUCCUUGGCAGGAACAGAGGUCACGUACGAUGAUCAAGGAGGCGGCCUACGAAGCAAUUUCCAAUGGAUCAUCAGCGGUGCCGAUAUACCCUCUCAGAGUACAAGCAUCAUUAUUACGGUGCAUAAGACCGUCUCGUUCCAGAUCGUCGUCGCUCAACAGGACAUAGAGUCUCAGGCAUACAUCGACAAGGUUGAUUGCUUCUCUCGCGGCGUAGCAACCGCGGAAGAUCUUUUGGACGAUCUCAACUUCCCAGAUCGUACAACCAAGCGACCUACCGGAGCCCAUACCCCGGCCUCGGAGCCAAUUCACCUGCGGAAAUGGCUUGGUGAAGGGGGUUUCGGCGUCGUGACCCAUUUCUGGAACGUCAGCGACGGUAGCGAGUACGCUCUGAAGGAACCUACAGCCAAGGCUAUUCAGAGGCGAAAGUUCGACGUUAGUGCAUGGGUAAAGGAGGCGCGCAUUAUGGGUCAAAUUUCACAUGACCAUAUCGUAGAGCUUUUUGGGCACUCCCUUGCGCCACACCCGAAGCUAUACUUGGAAUACAUGCCGGGCGGAUCUUUAGAUGGCCAAGAGAACAUAUCGGAAAAUGAAUCUCUAUCGAUUCUCUGUCAGUGCUUGUCAGCCCUGACAUACCUACACGGCCAGGAGCCGCCAGUCGUGCACCGCGACAUUAAGCCGGGCAAUAUCCUCGUCCAACAUCGGUUGGCGGGCGACAUCUCCAUCAAGUUUGGCGACUUUGGACUGUCAAGGGAGAGUCACGACUUAACGUCGAUCUGCGGCACUGUGGAGUAUACUGCGCCUGAGAUUUACUUGAGGUACCAGUAUAUGAACUCUGGGGGCAGGGAGAGGAUGAGUUAUACCCCGGUUGUUGAUGUCUGGUCUCUCGGCGUGGUGAUAUAUGAGCUGAUGUGCGACCUUCCGCAAUACAAAUCAAGCUAUCAGGGCGGUGGGGAGACUUGGUGUAGGAAAGUUGUUGAGAUAUUCGAAAAGGACAGGGAGCAGAGGAAAAGGCCCGACAAACUGAGGCAAUUCCUUCUGGGCGCCAUAGUGGUCAUGUCGCCAGAGUCUAGGUGGUCGGCCAUGGAUUGCUACGAUCAGGCCAUGUUGCUGCCUAGGGCAACCGAGGAUGGCUGUCGGACGCCGACGCCGGCUGCGUACAGUGACGAAGAGGGGCAGACGACAUUUUUCUCUCCAGAUAACCAUGUGGCUGGCAACCAACGAACGGUGCUCCAGCAGCCACGUUCUUCUGACGACAACCUUUCCAACGUCUCGAUCGACACCGCCAGAUACAUCAGGUCAGGCGCCCCGCCUGUCCCGGCUCUUCCAUCGGCAUCGAAGACGGGUCAAAAGAGGAUGGCUGCGAAAAGGUCCUCGCAUCCGUCGUCGUCGGCGUCGUCGGCAGGGCGCCGCACCAAGCGCCGAGAAAUCCACAACAACCAUCAGCGCGUGUCCGCUUCCAGCCCGCCGGCGGAGUUGAAACACUUUCUGAGGGACUACUCGCAGAAUCCUCUUAAUUCCCUUUACGUCGGAUCAUCACUGGCGUUGGAAGAGCUGCCGAGCGCACUCCGCAACGUUUCACGGACGCGGAUCCUAUCCCGGAAGGCGGCGAAGAGGUCCCUACGCAAGAGCUAUGUGCUGACGGAGAAAUGGUGA